UGCUGACGUCAUCGCGCGCGACUCCGAAGCAGGAAAGACCCGGAGCAGCUGCGUGGCCCAGGAAGGAAGUUGCAGAUUUGCCACCAUGACGAAGUUACUGCAGUGGCUCUGGACGCUGGCUAUCCUAGGCACCGUGUGGGCUGCCCUCACCCUGAAUCUUGUGGGACCCAAUCUGCUGCCGCCUCCAUUGUACCAAGUGCUGUGGCCGCUGCCGACCUAUCUGCUGGUGAUGUUCGGCUGCUACUCUUUAGGCGUCGUCGGGUAUCGCGUGGCAACUUUCAACGACUGUGAGGAGGCAGCACAGGAGCUGCUGCAGGCAGCAAGUCCGAGGGAGGCCGAGGUGACCUUUGCUGCCGACAAAGGAAUGGAAGAGUUUACUGAUACCCGGGUUGCUACCGAGGACUGUUGCCCUGAAACGGGGCGGGGGUGGGGGGGCACCUUCUGUGGACUGAGGACUGAAAUAUCAGUGAAUACAGUUGAACUCUGUGAUUGGCUGAAGAGUAUUCAUGUGUUAACAACAAUGCUUAGCUUUUCUACUGCAUUUUCCGUGUUCCAUGUUUGCCCCGGUCUUUUAAAGUAGGGCUGUGCUAUUGUUUCUGUAUAACAGAUUUGGUAACGUUGCUUGGUUGUUGGGACAGUGUUUUCCCUGGGUGGGGCAUGGAUGAACUGGAAAUUAGAGUUAUUUUGGGAGAUUAUUUGGCUGACUUCAUUUUAUUUACAUUUCAUCAGUGUCUGGAAGAAGUGGGAUAUUUUGCCCUGCCCCAUAUUACUCCCUCCCCCUGUGCUUUUAGAGUCAUAGAGCUGGAAGAGACCCCCAAGGGUCAUCCAGUCCAACCCCGUGCCAUGCAGGAACACACA